AUUCUGAAUCGUAGAAAAUUUUCCUUCGCAUUCGAGUUUCGAUCUUCGACGGAAAAAGUUUUCGGUGUUUAUUGUUGAAUCCUGUGUGUGAAAGAGAAGUAAACGAAACUGACAAGUUUGGUUUGUGAUUAAAGAAAUUCAACAUUUUAAAAACCGAAAUUUGGAUUGCAUGAGUAGAUUUUCUUUACAACAAGAUCCUGCUUGAUUAUACUACGUGGAAAAUAGUUUAAUCUGUAAAGUGAUAAAAUAAAACAUGUGGCGACUAAGUUUUACAUUAGUCGUUGCAUUAGCGAUGGCUUCUGAUGCUCUUGUGCAUUCGCCACCACGAAUUAUCAAGCAGCCGAUUUCUGAAGAAAUGUUGUUCCAAGUAGCCUCUUUUGGUGACAGCGAGAAACCUUUUGUCAUUGAAUGUGAGGCGGAAGGAGAGCCAGCUCCAAAUGUCGGUAGCGGUUUCGGUAGUGUCGGUUUGAAUGAAUGA